GUUGGUACACCAUUGUGGGCAGCGUUUCCUUGCUUACAGAGUGGUGGAGAUGGGCCAAUGCGGAUGAAGAGGGGGAGGAAAGUUUUGCUUUUGAGAGCCCUAGGUUUAUUUCUGGCUGUUGGGAUGUGAGACUGUGAGAGAAGGCAUAAAUACAGUUUGAGGGAGGUCGUAGACGCCAAGGCUCUUGCCGGGGUAAACACUGGAUGGGUUUGUUUACAGCUGCUUCACACUUUUACCUUUCCUUGUUGGUGCUUCCAAGCGGGGAAGCUUAGUGUCUGGAUCUCGUUUAGUGGGCAUCACCAGAAUCUCCUCAAGUAUACCGGCCACAGUAAUUUUGUUUCCUUUCUUUCUGAAUUUGAAUUCAAAUAACUACCUGACCUGCUAUGAGAGUACUUUUCUUUCUUUUUUAAAAAAAUAACAAACCCCAAACUUCUUGGGAGAAGGCAAUUGUGCAGAUACUAAAAGCCUACAGCAUUUGUGGAUUUGGGAGUUUGUGGCUCAGUAUAUCUGUGCAUCGUUAUCUCCAGUGCACACAAGAAGGCAGAGCAGCAGCUCCCGAGCCCUGCCUCCCAUCUCUUUACAGGUUGGCAGCUGAUUUCCCCCGUCCAGGUUCUGAAUCCCUUUUCUUUGAAUACCCCUGAGGGCUCAGGGAGACUCCAGCCAGCCAGCCGCUGCACUCAUCCAUUUCCCAGUCCUGUACACAGGUGCUCUCUACUGUCAGGAGCUUGGGAACACUGCCCAGCCAACCCUGACCAUGGCUCCCCUCAUCGCUGGGCACUUACCUGCCUGUAUCUGUGGCAGUGGUCUCAUUCUCAAUUCUCAGUACUGGCCUUACUGCCUCAGCCUUGUUCGUUGCUCCCCAGAAUGUGAAUCACCUUAGUCUUGGGACAUUUCAUCUGCCUGUAUGGGUGCCACACAUACUUCCAUUUGCCGCAGAAUGUUAGGGAUGCAAUCUCAAGAAAAUCUGCCCAAAGGAAAUAAUUUCCUCAGGAAAAAUUUAGAUUAUAAAUUCCUUAAGGAGAAGCCACGUUUUAUUAAAGAAAGGCGGUAUUGUGUGCUAGGGGAGUUCAGACUCUGAAGGGGACAGUCCAGCCUAGCCACUUGCUUGGUUGGUGUGUGACCCUGGUUAAGAUACUUGACCUCUGUGCCUCCGUGUUCAUCUGUAAAAUGGGCAUAAUAAUAAUACCUCUAUUGGGUCAUUAGAAGGAACAAUUAAGUUAACUUUUUAGUGUAAAGAACUUGAAUAGUGACUUGUACAUGGUAAUCACGCAGUAAAUGUUAGCUGUCCGCGUGCCUUUUGUAACUCAUCAGCAGAUACUAUGGCUUACACAUAAUAGGUGCUCAUUAAAUGUUUUGUUGAAUAAGUGUGUAUUUAAAAGGUGGCGAAAUGAUUUCUUCAUCUCUUAUCAUAAAACAAAAGUAAUAUUUAGUUGGAAUAGGGCAUAGUAGGCAUGAAGACAUUUACUCCCUGGAUGAGGGUGGAAAGGAGAAUGUUCAGAUUCUAUGUUACUAACUAUGCUCCCUAUCAUUUGUUAAUCAGAAAUAAUACACCCAGUCUGUCAAGAGUGUUUUGAUGAAUAUCUACUGACUUCCAAGGCAGGCCUUAUGACUGGAUUAUGUCUCUCUUGCUGUUGGGGUAUUGAAUUUGAGGGCUGCUCAGAGUUAAUACUCAUCUAUUCUAAGAGGAACAAAUGGUCUCCAAAUGGUCCAGAUGAAAUGGUGGGGGCUGGGACGCUGCAGUCCUCUUGGAUGAGGUGUUUGGGAUGUACUCCGGAUGAAGAUCACAGCGCUACCAGAAGAAGGGACUGUGAUCCUGAGGAGAGCUGUUUUUGAUCCCAAGACUUGGAGAAAUUUGGAAAAGAUGGUUUUAAAAAAGCGAUCAUAUGCUAAAGUUACAAGCACGCCAACCUGAAGACCACUGUGUUUUGCCUCAGUGUAUUCCAGAAUUUUUUGAACCAUUAAAUUCUCCCCUGGCACCCCACUUAAAAAAAAUAAAUUUAUUUCAAUGGAAACGAGUGAGUGAUGAAAACUGGGACGACGACCAACUGCUUGGUUUUGAACCAUGCAAUGAAAACCUCAUCUCUGGCUGCAAUAUAAUCAACGGGAAAUGUGAAUGUGACACCAUUCGAACCUGCAGCAAUCCCUUUGAGUUUCCGAGGAAGGAUAUGUGCCUUUCAGCUCUAAAGAGGAUUGAAGAAGAGAAGCCAGAUUGCUCCAAGGCCCGCUGUGAAGUCCAGUUCUCUCCACGUUGUCCUGAAGAUUCCGUUCUGAUCGAGGGUUACGCUCCUCCCGGGGAGUGCUGCCCCUUACCCAGCCGCUGCGUGUGCGACCCUGCGGGCUGUCUGCGCAAAGUCUGCCAGCAGGGAUACCUGAACAUACUAGUGUCCAAAGCGUCAGGGAAGCCGGGAGAGUGUUGUGACCUCUAUGAGUGCAAACCAGUUUUCAGCGUGGACUGCAGCACUGUGGAAUGCCCCUCCGUUCAGCAGGCCGUGUGCCCCCUGGAUAGCUACGAAACUCAAGUUAGACUCACAGCUGAUGGGUGCUGUACUCUGCCAACAAGAUGCGAGUGUCUCUCUGGCUUAUGUGGUUUCCCCGUGUGUGAGGUGGGAUCCACUCCCCGCAUAGUCUCUCGUGGAGAUGGGACACCCGGAAAGUGCUGUGAUGUCUUUGAAUGUGUUAAUGAAACAAAGCCAGCCUGUGUGUUCAACAAUGUGGAAUAUUAUGAUGGGGAUAUGUUCCGAAUGGACAACUGUCGAUUCUGUCGAUGCCAAGGGGGUGUUUCCAUCUGCUUCACUGCCCAGUGCGGCGAGCUGACCUGCGAGAGGUACUACGUGCCUGAAGGGGAGUGCUGCCCAGUUUGUGAAGAUCCAGUGUAUCCUUUUAAUAAGCCUGCCGGGUGCUAUGCCAAUGGCCAGAUCCGUGCCCACAGAGACCGGUGGAGGGAAGAUGACUGCACGUUCUGCCAGUGCAUCAACGGAGAGCCCCACUGUGUUGCAACAGCCUGUGGGCAGAGCUGCAUGAACCCCGUAAAAGUUCCUGGGGAGUGUUGCCCUGUGUGCGAAGAACCAACCUACAUCACAAUUGAUCCACCUGCAUGUGGGGAGCUAUCAAACUGCACCCUUACGGAGAAGGACUGCAUUUAUGGUUUCAAACUUGAUCAUAAUGGUUGUCGAACUUGUCAGUGCAAAAACAGGGAGGAGCUGUGCACCAGCCUCAAACGAGGAUGCACGUUGGAUUGUCUCUUCGGUUUCCAAACUGAUACCCAUGGCUGUGAGAUCUGCCAGUGCCGCCCACGGCCAAAGAAGUGCAAGCCUGUAAUCUGUGACAAGCAUUGUCCAUUGGGAUACCUGAAGAAUAAGCACGGCUGUGACAUCUGUCGCUGUAAGAAAUGUCCAGAACUCCCAUGCAGUAAAAUCUGCCCCUUGGGUUUCCAGCAGGACAGUCAUGGCUGUCUUAUCUGCAGGUGCAGAGAGGUCCCUGCUUCAGCCGGGCCACCUGUCCUGUCAGGCACAUGUCUGUCCAUGGAUGGCCAUCAUCAUAAAAAUGAGGAAAGCUGGCACGAUGGGUGCCGGGAGUGCUACUGUCACAAUGGACGGGAAAUGUGUGCCCUGAUCACCUGCCCGGUGCCUGCCUGUGGCAACCCCACCAUUCAUCCUGGACAGUGCUGCCCGUCAUGUUCAGAUGACUUUGUGGCGCAGAAGCCGGAGCUGAGCACCCCCUCCAUUUGCCAUGCACCUGGAGGAGAGUACUUUGUGGAAGGAGAAACGUGGAACAUCGACUCCUGUACUCAGUGCACCUGCCACAGUGGCCGGGUGCUGUGUGAGACGGAAGUCUGCCCGCCACUGCUCUGCCAGAACCCUUCACGCACACAAGACUCCUGCUGCCCACAGUGUACAGAUGCACCUCUUCAGCCUUCCUCGUCCCGUAAUGAGAGCGUGCCUAGUUACUGCAAAAAUGAUGAAGGGGAUAUAUUCCUGGCAGCUGAGUCCUGGAAGCCUGACGUUUGUACCAGCUGCGUGUGCAUGGAUAGCGUAAUUAGCUGUUACUCUGAGUCUUGCCCUUCAGUAUCCUGUGAAAGACCCGUUUUGAGAAAAGGCCAGUGUUGUCCCUACUGCAUAGAAGACACAAUCCCGAAGAAGGUCGUGUGCCACUUCAGCGGGAAGGCCUAUGCCGACGAGGAGCGGUGGGACAUCGACAGCUGCACACACUGCUACUGCCUGCAGGGCCAGACCCUCUGCUCAACGGUCAGCUGCCCCCCUCUGCCCUGUGUCGAGCCCAUCAACGUGGAGGGAAGUUGCUGCCCUAUGUGUCCAGAAAUGUAUGUUCCAGAACCAACCAACAUACCCAUUGAGAAGACAAACCAUCGUGGAGAGGUUGACAUAGAGGUUCCCAUGCGGCCCACACCUAGUGAAAAUGACAUCAUCCAUCUCCCUAGAGACGUGGGUCACCUCCAGGUAGAUUACAGAGAUAACAACAGGCUGCCCCCAAGUGAAGACUCUUCGCUGGACUCCAUCACCUCCGUCGUGGUUCCCAUCAUCAUCUGCCUCUCUAUUAUCAUAGCAUUCCUAUUGAUCAAUAAGAAGAAACAGUGGAUCCCACUGCUUUGCUGGUAUCGGACACCAACCAAGCCUUCUUCCCUAAAUAAUCAGCUGGUAUCUGUGGACUGCAAGAAAGGAACCCGAGUCCAGGUGGACAGUUCCCAGAGAAUGCUAAGAAUUGCCGAACCAGAUGCAAGAUUCAGUGGCUUCUACAGCAUGCAAAAACAGAACCAUCUACAGGCAGAUAACUUCUACCAGACCGUGUGAAGAAGGGCCACUUAGAUGAGAUUUCAAAAGGCAGAAACGACUACAUCUGCUCUUAAAAGUCAAGUAGGAUUUGUGCACUUGCUUAGUGGAUUGUAUUGGAUUGUGACUUGAUGUACAGCGCUAAGACCCUCCUGGGAUGGGCCCCAUCGGCAGCAGCGUGCAGAACAAGCAUUCCCACUUUUCCUCAAGAUAACUGACCAAGUGUUUCCUUAGAACCAAAGUUUUUGAAGUUGCUGAAAUACAUUUGCAUAUGAUAUAGCUGUAGAGAUAUUUGGGUUUGGGGACAGUGAGUUCGGUUGGGGAAAUGGGGGGGAGGGUGGUGUUGGGAAGACAAAUUGGUCAGCUUGGCUGGGGGCAAAAUCCAGUAAAAUAAAAGCAGUUCCAUGGCCCAGCAUCCAGAGGGUGUAUUUUCCUGCUGCUCUGAAGACUGCAGUGGUUGCUGCAAAGCUCAGGCCUGGACAAGCAGGAAACACAGGCCUUGCAAUCUAGCUGCAGUAACCACCUUAGAACUACCAGAUGAGCGCAUCAGAACCUCUUAGUAGCCAUCCCAGGUCUAAAGCCACAAGUUUCUUUUCUAUACGUCACAACUGCAGUGGGCAGUGAGAAGCAAGGGAAAUGCAAGAGCAGAAUUCCUCUAAAGCGGGUUCUUAGGAAUAUACACAGUUAUUCUUUUUGCUGCUUUUUUGUUUUUUUUCUUCCAAGCCGAUCAGCCAGUUACUAGCAGAGUCAGCAGAUGCACAAGACCUAAGUCACUUGUGGAUACGUGAGCACUGGAGCUUUUCUGACGACAGCGUGGCAGGGAGGAGCGGGAGGGGAGGACACCAGGCGUUCCCAGGGGCUGUCCUUCAUUGUCUGUCCUGUCUUUCUUCUGUCCUCGUGUUGGUUGUUCAUAGUUUUUGUUGAAGCUGUAGCUUAAGAAGAAAUUUUUUUUAAAAGAGACUGUUUGGGGAUUUUUCUUCCUUAUUAUAUACUGAUUCUACAAAAUAGAAACUACUUCAUUUUAAUUGUAUAUUAUUCAAGCACCUUUGUUGACGCUCAAAAAAUUUAUGCCUCUUUAAACUUUAGCAAUUAUAGGAAUAUUUAUGUAACUAUCUUAUGCUUCCAGAAACAAAAGUGUGUGUAUGUAUGUGUGUGUGUAUAUAUAUACAUACAUAUAUAUUUAUACACAUGCGAUUUAUGUUUUCCUGUUGAAUGUAUUUUUAUGAGAUUUUAACCAAAACAAAGAUAAAACAGGCAUUCCAUAUCAAUGCUUUUGAUCACUUACAAAUUUUUGAAUAACACAAAAUCUCAUUGUACCGGCAGUUUAAUUAGAAAGAAAGAUGUGUGUGAGUGGUUGUGUAAAUAUACAUAAGCACAUUGACCCACAACCUGGUGUGUGUGUGUGUAUGUGUGUGUGGGCACGCACACGCCUUAAACAGUCAGCAUGGCACCCGCUCUGGAGAAGGUGUUCCUUUAUUAAAAUCUCCUCAUUUGGAUUUGCUUUCACUGGUUUUCAGUCCACCUACCCGCCAGAGACAUCCGUGGCAGUUCAUACGCAUCAUUAUAAUCAGCUCCUGGAUUUUUUUUUUUUUUUUUCAAACAACUGUUUGAAACAACUACUGGAACAUUGUCCACAAUAAGCUGGAAUUUUAUUGUAGUUUGCCUCAAAUAUAACUCUGACUGUAUAUUAUAGUGUUAACUUUUCAAACAGCUCUUAGCACUUUUAUACUAAUUACCCAUUUGUGCGUUGAUUUUUCUUUUAAAAAUGCUUGUUGUGAAAGACACAGAUACCCAGUAUGCUUAAUGUGAAAAGAAAUGUGUUCUGUUUUGUAAAGGAACUUUCAAGUAUUGUUGUAAAUACUUGGACAGAGGUUGCUGAACUUUAAAAAAAAUUAAUUUAUUAUUAUAAUGACCUAAUUUAUUAAUCUGAAGAUUAACCAUUUCUUUUGUCUUAGAAUAUCAAAAAAAGAAAAGAAAAAGGUGUUCUAGCUGUUUGCAUCAAAGGAAAAAAAAGAUUUAUUAUCAAGGGGCAAUAUUUUUAUCUAUUUCCAAAAUUUGUUAAUGUAACAACAGAUUUACAUCAGAUUAGUAUAAAAUUUUGUUGACAGUUAAUCCAUUCCUGGCAUAAAAAGUCUAUCCAAAAAGUUGUAAAUGCUUGCUUUUGUUUUUCAAAAAUCAUGGCCAUAUUAUGAAAAUACUAACAGGAUAUAGGACAAGGUGUAAAUUUUUUUAUUAUUUUAAAGAUAUGAUUUAUCCUGAGUGCUGUAUCUAUUACUCUUUUACUUUGGUUCCUGUUGUGCUCUUGUAAAAGAAAAACAAAUAUAAUUUCCUGAAAAAUAAAGUAGAUAUAUGGCACUUGGAGUGCAAUGUA